AUGAACACAGCUGCUGUUGAUUACAAGACAUGGAGUAAAUAUAAUGUGACUAAUGAUGUAUUUGGCGUUCAGAAAUGUAUAUUCGUUAAUGCAACCGGUGGCUGGAGUCGGGCAGAUUGCGAGCAGAAGUUUAACUUUCUUUGCAAAUUUGAGCAAUUUACGAGGUCAAAGCCAUUUUGGCUUCCUGCUGUAUUUUAUUCUGGUAAAUGGAUUUGGUCUUAUGGUGAGCAACCAGGUUUUUCAAAAUGGAAACCAGGCGAACCUAAUCAGUGUUGCUCUAGCGGAAAAAUCUUUACUGCGUAUAGCCGACCGGAAGGGUGGAGUGACACUUCACCUUUCUUCAGAGCAGCUGCUGUUUGCAAGUAUAAAAAAGGUCAUUUAUACAAAAACCUUCAACGACAGUACUACGCAGCUGUAAUAAAUGAAAUGGAGGAAGAUGUAAGAAAAGAGAAACUUGCAACUUAA